GCGAAGAGUUUGGAGAUGGCAGCUGACAGGCUGAAGAGUAAAGUGAGCUCGGCGUUUAAAAUGCACGGGCUGCUGCUGCGAGCGGAGGCCAGUAAAUAUCUUCUUGAAGCUCUGAAGUCUGUAAAUGAAGUCGAGCUUGAGGAUGUCAUUGACAGUAUUAUUGACGCUGUUGAAAAGCAGCCAUUGUCUUCAAACAUGAUCGAGAAGGCAACAGUAGAAGCAGCAGUGCAAGAAUGCAGCCAGUCCUGCGAUGAAACAAUAGAACACAUAUUCAACAUUAUUGGAGCAUUUGACAUCCCACGUUUCAUUUACAAUUCCGAAAGGAAGAAGUUCCUCCCGUUAAAAAUAGCCAAUUAUCCAGAACCCAACCUGUUUGGAAGUGCCAGAGACAAAGCUGAGCUCUUCCGUGAGAGACAUACCAUUCUGCAACAGAGAACACACAGACAUGAGCUCUUCACCCCCCCUGUAAUUGGUGCGCACCCAGAUGAAAGCAGAAGCAAGUUCCAGCUGAAAACUGUGGAAAACCUCUUAGGAAGUGCAGCAAAGAUGGGAGAGCUCAUUGUUCUUGGAAUGAUAACCCAACUGAAGGAGGUGAGAUUUUUUUUUUCCCCUUCAGCUCAUAGGGCGGCAUUACACAUCCUGUUACCUACUGACUAUGCAGCCAUCUCUAGUUUCCAUAGCGGCCUCUAUACAGAGUCUUGUUUUGUUCUAGCAGAAGGGUGGUACGAGGAUAAAAUAUUUCACGUCAAUGCAUUUGGAUUUCCCCCUACUGAGCCUUCCAAUACAACAAGGGCUUAUUAUGGUAAUAUAAACUUUUUUGGAGGGCCUUCCUCCACAUCUGUGAAAGCAUCGGUAAAACUAAAGCAGUUGGAAGAAGAGAAUGAGGACGCCAUGUUUGUGUUUGUGUCUGACCUCUGGCUGGACCAGGUGGAAGUCAUGGAGAAACUUCAUGUCAUGUUUUCAGGUUAUUCCACGGCUCCUCCUACCUGCUUCAUCUUCUGUGGAAACUUUUCUUCUGCACCUUAUGGAAAGACUCAGAUCAAAUCUCUAAAAGAUUCAUUUAAGAGCCUAGCAGAUGUGAUAUGCGAGUACCCCAAUAUUCACAAAAGUAGCCGAUUUGUGUUUGUACCCGGUCCUGAGGACCCCGGCCCUAGUUUCAUUUUACCAAGACCACCCAUAGCAGAGCACAUCACAGAGGAAUUUAGACAACGAAUACCAUUCUCCAUUUUUACUACAAAUCCGUGCAGGAUUCAAUACUGUACACAGGAAAUGAUUGUAUUACGAGAGGAUCUGGUGAACAAAAUGUGCAGAAACUGUGUUCGCUUUCCCAGCAACAGUUUGGACAUUCCAAACCAUUUUGUGAAAACCAUCCUCGCUCAGGGACACUUGACUCCGCUGCCACUGUUCGUCAGCCCCGUGUACUGGGCGUACGACUAUGCUCUGCGACUGUACCCCCUGCCUGAUUUAGUUGUCGUCGCUGACAAAUACGAUCCCUUCACCAUCAUGAACACAGAAUGUCUCACUAUUAAUCCAGGCUCCUUUCCGAGAAGUGGGUUUGCCUUUAAGGUUUACUAUCCAUCUAGCAAAACGGCAGAAGAUAGUAAGCUGCAGAACAUCUGACGAGAGGAAAAUGGAUAUAUGUCACCGUGAUCAUUCCCUG